AUGAAGUAUCAAGUUGCAGUCAUUUUAUUUACAAUAGUAACGACAGGCACUUUAGCCAAGGAUGUGAGAAUUAUUGGAGGCGAAGAUGGAAAUGUGCGUACACAUCCGUUUCUGGUAUCAUUCAAAUACCUUGAUGAUUUUAAAGCCAUUUGUGGAGGUUCAAUAAUCAGUAAUAAACACAUCCUUACCUCGGCUCAGUGCGCCAGAAAUGUAAAUACUGAUGCACAAUAUAUACGAGUCUACUCAGGAAUAGCACUAUUGGAGGGAAAUGCAGGAAACGCGAAUGAAAUUGAUACUGUUUUCAUACAUCCUGCAUUCACAGCUGAACAUAAUCGCGAUGAAAUGUAUCUGCAUGAUAUCGCAGUCAUCAAGGUGAAAGAUGUUUUUGAAUUUAAUGAAUUGCAAAGUGCCAUAGAGCUUCUAGACAGAGAUGUUACUGACAAUGACAGCGGUUUUAUUUUCGGCUGGGGAUCAAUGUCGCAUCCCACGCCUACGUAUCCUAUACAAAUGCAAAAGGCCGAAGUGCGUAUUAUUUCGCUAAGAUUAUGUAUGAGUCUUUUAGCAUUUCAUCUAUACGAUUGCCAAAUUUGCGCAUAUAACCAGUUAGGAAUUGGUCCAUGUUUGGGUGAUAGCGGAGGUCCGUUAGUGAUUGAUGGAAAAAUUGCCGGAAUCAUUUCAGUUUCGAUUCCGUGUGCCCAAGGUGUACCAGAUAUAUAUGUCAGAACACAUUAUUACAUCGAUUUCAUAAGACACAUGAUGAUUUUAUAAUUCACGUUAUCUUGUCAUUUUUUAAUAGUCG